CAUAUAUGUUAAACGUCAGAUUUUUUAAAUAAAUUUUUUAGUUCAUCUUAUUCAAGAACUCUUGUACGUUGAAAUUCAGUUUAAAAACAACGAUAUAUUUUACACUGAUUUGUGAUGGAUGAAGGAAAUUCAAUUAUAUAUGGACUCGAACAUCAGACAAGAGCAUUAUCACCGCAGUAUGAGAGCGAUGCUAUUCGUUUUCUAAUCGGCACUCAGAGCCUGAAGCCACAGUCUAAUCAAGUACAUGUUGUUGAACUGGAAGAGGAUACUGGUGCUUUGCACACAAAGGUAUUCAAACAUGAUAUCGGUGAGAUCUGGCAUCUCCGCUGUUCACCACAUGAUGUUGCUACAUUACUCACCACACACAACACUUAUGAUCCAGAGACAUCGCAAUGCACUAUGGGAGUGUCUAUAUACAAGUUGCCCACUGUUGAGGUAAUACCAAAAGAUCUUGAUGACUUGAAUGCAAUGCAAGGCAGGAAUGCAGAGGAUAUGGAACUCCUCAGAACUAUAACACCUGAGAAACCAGAAGAAGAGAUCCGUUGUGCGGAAUGGCACCCAACAGAUGCUAGUCGUAUCGGCAUUGUAUAUGAGAGUGGUGUUACCGUUCAUGAUGUGAACACUGGAGCCCCACUGACGACUGCCACUCCAGAGGCGAAGUCCCGGCUCAAGUUCACCGGCGGUAAAUGGAACCCACAUCAGGGACAUUGUCAGUUUGCGGUGCUACAAGAUAUGCAUAUAAAAUGCUACGACACGAGAACUGACUGCAACAAGCCAUCUUGGACCAUAGACAACGCUCAUAGACAACUCGCCAGAGAUUUGGACUUUAAUCCUAACAGACAAUUCCAUUUGGCAAGUGCUGGAGAUGACGCAGCACUCAAUAUAUGGGACUAUAGGAAUGGAAAGGAGCCAAUAUUCAGUAGAACUGAUCAUUCUCAUUGGGUAUGGACAGUACGGUACAACACGUACCACGAACAGUUACUGCUGACAGGCAGCUCUGAUGCCCGAGCACUGCUCACUGCUGCAGCCAGCAUUUGUGAUACUGAUGAUGAUGGGAAGAAGCUCAGUCAGGUUUUGGAAGACGGCGUGCUACAAUCAUACGAGCAGCAUGAAGACUCCGUGUACUGCGCGGAGUGGAGCGCCGCGGAGCCCUGGACCUUCGCCUCGCUCAGCUACGACGCCCGCCUCGUGCUCUCCCGAGUGCCACGACACUUUAAAUACAAGAUACUACUCUGAUAAUAGUAAAAAGGUUAUAUCUAUACAUUAUAUUGUAUGGAGAUUAUUCUGUAAAAUAUAAGUAUCACUUAAGAAAUUUAAUCCUACCUUAUAUUAGAUAAAUGUGACAUUUUAGAUGCAUAGAUGGAUGUUUGUCAGGUGUCACCGGAGUGGCAUAAAUCUCGAAAUUUGUGGCAUAGAUAUAAAAAAUAGUGUCCAAGAACACAUAGGCUAGUAAAUAAGGUUUCUUUUUAAUUCUUUGCAGAGGAAGUCAUGUGAAAAACCUAAUUUAGUCUAAAUCAAUCAAAAAGUAAGUAACUUAUUAAAUCACUUGUAUUCAAGAAAAUCGUAAUUUAGUCAAGGAACUAAAUCUUGACACUCUUACAUUGCUAGGAGAGCGCUAGUGAGCUCAUAAAUUUGUUCAAUUUAUAUGCUUGUUGGUUGUUUUUUUCAUAUUAAUAUGUUUUAGAUAUCAAAUUAAACUUUUUUGUUGACAUUUAGGCGUAUUUGCAUAUUACCUGUAUACUCUAAUUAUAAAAUAGGAGAUAUUUAAGAGUAAAAUAGAUACAUA